AUGCAUCUUACUGAUGAUACCCAGAAGAAUCCGCGAUCAAAACCUCCCACGGAACAAUCUACCCAAUCGAAUUUGUCGGCUUUUUCGAAUUUUUCUCUGGAUCCUGAUACAUUGAGCGAUCUUGUACAAUCCAAAGAUGUCCAGGGGUUCCAUGCUCUGGGUGGGGUAAAAGGUUUGGAGGAAGGACUACGGACCGACGUCCACUCCGGUUUGAGCCUGGACGAGACCUACCUAGAUGCUCCUGUGAAUGUCGCUACGAGUACUACAAGCACUGCACCAACAGAAAAGGCCGCUAUCCCUGAGCCCCAUAUCUCAACAGAGCACGAUCACGAUGCAUUCAUCGACAGAAGGAAAUUCUUCGGGGACAAUCGUCUACCCAUUAAACCAUCCCCGAGCUUCCUGUCAUUGAUUUGGGCAGCCUACAACGACCACGUCCUAUUCCUUCUAACUGGGGCUGCUAUUAUCUCGCUUGCUUUGGGGCUGUACCAGACAUUCGGAACCAAGCAUACUCCUAACAACCCCCCGUUGAAUGGGUGGAGGGCGUUGCCAUCCUCGUCGCUAUCGUCGUCAUUACUCUUGCUGCAGGAUCGCAAUGUUUGGGUCCUUCGAUCUGCAAGGAUUCAUGAGGUUCCCAUCUCCGAGGUUGUUGUUGGUGAUAUUGUCCACAUUAGUCCUGGAGAUAUCGUGCCUGCUGAUGGAGUGUUGCUAAGGGGUCAUCAGGUCAAAUGCGAUGAGUCCUCAGCAACUGGCGAGUCUGAUCCGGUCGGUAAGAGCGCUAUCGAUACAACUCGUCCUGAUGGCUCUCAUGAGAUCGACCCCUUCAUCCUCUCUCAUACCAAGGUUGUGGAAGGCGUUGGUGCAUACCUCGUCUUGGCUACAGGCACAAAAUCAAGCUACGGCAGAAUCCUCCUCUCUCUCGACACCGAUCCAGGGUUCACUCCGCUUCAAGUACGGCUCAGCACUCUUGCAAAAAACAUCGCCCGCUUUGGUGCACUUGCGGCGCUUGUGCUGUUCGUAAUCUUGUUCAUCAAGUUCUGUGUCGGUCUCCGGAAUAGCACCGAAUCCGCCUCAGAAAAGGGACAAUCGUUUUUGAAUGUCUUCAUUCUGGCAUUGACUGUCGUUGUGAUCGCAGUCCCCGAAGGACUUCCCUUGGCAGUUACACUUGCGUUGUCAUUUGCUACUACUCGAAUGAUGAGAGAUAACAACUUGGUUCGACAGCUCCGAGCAUGUGAAACGAUGGGACAGGCCACAGAUAUCUGUUCAGACAAGACGGGAACGCUGACGCAGAAUGAAAUGACUGUUGUCUCUGGAUUUUUCGGUGAUACCUUGCAAUUUACGGAUCGAGCUAGCAGUCCAAAUAUUUUGGAUGAACAAAAUUCCUCAUCUGUGGCAAAAUGCAUGAGCCGUCUUUCGGCUCAAUCGAGGUUGCUUUUGAGGCAAUCUUUCGCGAUCAACUCGACUGCAAUUGAAAGCCAAUAUGACGGAGGCCGACAAUUUCUUGGGUCCCAAACAGAGGCCGCCUUGCUGAGAUUCUCCCAGGACUAUCUCGAGCUAGGUCAGCUUGACUAUGACCGUGCUAGUGCGGAAGUUGUGGAUCUUUUACCUUUUGAUGCUUCUCGCAAAUACAUGGUCACAGUCGUAAAACUGGCCGGUGGUUCAUAUCGAGCAUAUGUAAAAGGUGCCCCAGAGAUUCUCCUUGAGAACUGCGCCACAAUUUCACAACCAAUGCAAGGGCUUGGUACUGCUCCACUCAAGGAGGAGGGUAUUGUCCAAAUACGCCAGACAAUUGCUCAGUAUGCCUCACGAUCCUUGCGCACAAUUGCGAUUUGCUUCCGCGAUGUGGAGGAUUUGCCCUACAGGGGCGAGGAGGAAACUGUCAACUUCGAGGCGCUAAUGAAAGAGCUUACAUUCCAAGCACUUCUAGGUCUACAAGACCCUCUCCGGGCUGAUGCUUGGGCUGCUGUAGAUACCAGCCACAAAGCAGGUCUCACUGUACGCAUGGUGACCGGUGACAACCUUCUAACAGCAAGGGCCAUUGCAGAGGAAUGUGGAAUCAUCAACAGUCCAGAUGAUCUUGUGAUGGAAGGCGAUAAAUUCCGUGCAUUGACUGAAUCAGAGCAGAGCGAGCUAGUUCCACACCUCAAGGUUCUUGCUCGAUCUCGUCCAGAUGAUAAACGUGUUCUGGUCCAGCGUCUCAAGGAUCUCGGGAGAGUCGUCGCUGUCACUGGAGACGGUACCAACGAUGCUCCCGCCCUUGCAGCUGCUGAUAUCGGAUUUUCGAUGGGAAUAUCUGGCACUGAAAUUGCUCGUGAGGCUUCCUCUAUUGUCCUGCUGGAUGAUACGUUUUCUUCGAUUGUCAAGGCUAUCAUGUGGGGGAGAGCAGUCGGCGAUGCUGUCAAGAAAUUCUUGCAGUUCCAAAUUACCAUCACCUUCACCUCCGUGGGCCUGGCAUUUGUCUCAGCGGUAGCCAACUCAUCGCAAGAGUCCGUUCUAACACCAGUGCAGCUCAUGUGGGUAAACCUCUUUCAAGACACUCUAGCAGCUCUAGCGCUAGCAACCGAUCCUCCUCCUCGCCGGAUCCUUGACCGCAAACCCGAACCAACAUCUACACCUCUGAUUACUCCUAUCAUGUGGAAGAUGAUCAUUGGCCAAUCUGUGUAUCAGAUGGUAGUAACACUGGUCCUGUAUUUUGCUGGUUCUUCUAUCUUUUCAUAUCACAGUGCUCUUCAAACAUCACAGUUGCAGACUGCUGUUUUCAACACCUAUGUCUGGAUGCAGAUAUUCAAUAUGUACAACAAUCGACAAAUUGAGCGAUCAUUUAACCUCAUCGAAGGGAUCCAUCAUAACUGGCUCUUUAUAGCAAUCACCUGCGUUAUGAUGGGUGCUCAAAUCCUGAUUAUGUUCGUCGGCGGGCGGGCAUUCUCAAUCACGCAGUUGACUGGCGAUCAAUGGGCAUAUUCCGUCAUUCUCGGAGCAAUAUCUAUCCCUGUAGGGUUCCUUCUGCAAGCUAUUCCCACUGUCGUUGUUGAGAAACCAAUGGCAGGCAUGGGGCAGCUAUGGGACGGCUUACGCCGUCGGUGA